UGCAGAAUGAAAUUAAAAACAAUUUUGCAAACAAACUAGUCUCGUGAGGAAGGAGCAUAGUACUGUAAAAAUUGCUCUGAUCCGAUGGGAGACUUUAAAUUCUUACUACCAUGAAAAUUCACUAAUUAAUCUUAUGGAACAUUGCUUGCAACAACUUUGACUUAUUUAACUACCAAUAAAUUAACUUUCAAUGGCUAUUAUGGAAGGACCCCUUAGUAAAUGGACUAAUGUGAUGAAAGGGUGGCAAUACAGGUGGUUUGUUUUAGAUGAUAAUGCUGGUCUACUAUCAUAUUAUACUUCAAAAGAAAAAAUGGUUCGAGGUGCCCGAAGAGGAUGUGUUCGCUUAAAGGGUGCAAUUAUAGGAAUUGAUGAUGAAGAUGACAGCACAUUUACCAUAACUGUAGAUGACAAGACUUUUCAUUUCCAAGCCAGAGAUACCGAAGAAAGAGAUAAAUGGAUACAUGCUUUAGAAGAUACAAUUUUGCGCCAUACCCAUAGUUAUUCACUUCAAACGAAGUGGAAUGAUCUCUGUGUCUCCAGUUCUCUGCUUGACUUUGAUAAGAAGUUGACUGAAGCAGAUGCUUAUCUUCAAAUGCUCAUUGAUCAAAUAGCAAAUUUGGAUGUUAGUAUCAAUAACUGUGCUUCUGAUGCGGAUAAAUGUUUGCUUAGUUCCAUCAGAGACAAUGCUAAUGGUGUUCUUGAAGCAGUUAAACAUUCAAUUGUGCUCCUUCAGAUAGCUAAGAAUACAACUCAUCCAGUAAAUGGUGUGUACACUGCAUAUAGUCGACCUCCAAAAAGCUCUGAUUCUACAAUACAUUCCAAUCAAGAAAAUCAAUUGACAGAUAAACAUCAUAUCAAAGCAAUAGAACAUAAUGCUAAUAUAAAUGUUGAUUGUGCAGUUGAAUGCAGGGAAGAUAUUAACAUGGAAAAAGAAUUGCCUUCCAAUUUGAAUCUAGUUGUUCCUGAAACAUCUUACUCUAGCAGUGACGAUGAAGACUUCUUUGAUGCUAAUGAUGAAACAGUAAUUUCUUUGCAAAACACCAGUGUUGAAAUUGCAGCUGCAGAAGAACCAGUUCAUCGGCAUUCUGUCACUCAACGACUGACUGCUUCAGAUUAUGAUGCUUUAUAUGAAGAUGAAGAAGAAGAAUUAGGAUCAUUGGAAGGACAAGGAAGUGUGAUCAGUCAUUUAUUAUCUCAAGUAAAAAUUGGAAUGGACUUAACAAAAGUUGUUCUACCCACAUUCAUUCUAGAACGCCGUUCUCUCUUGGAAAUGUAUGCGGAUUUCUUUGCACACCCUGAUAUAUUUAUUAGCAUUCCAGACUUUGAAAGUCCAAAGGAUCGUUUUGUGCAGGUGAUUCGCUGGUAUUUAUCAGCAUUUCAUGCUGGAAGAAAGAGCUCAGUGGCAAAAAAACCUUAUAACCCAAUUCUUGGUGAGAUAUUUCGAUGCUUUUGGCAUAUACCAAAUGUUAGGGAAGAUGAUGAUACUCCUCAGAAAGUUUCUGAAGGCCCUGUCCCAUGGGCAACAAGAGACCAUUUGACUUUCAUAGCUGAGCAAGUUUCGCAUCAUCCUCCUAUUUCUGCCUUUUAUGCUGAACAUGUGAAUAAAGGCAUCAGUUGUUCAGCCCAUAUCUGGACAAAAUCCAAAUUCCUUGGUCUUUCAAUUGGAGUGCAGAACAUAGGACAAGCUAUAAUCAAUGUCUUGAAACAUAAUGAGGAAUACAUUCUCACAUUUCCAAAUGGAUAUGGCAGAUCUAUUCUAAGAGUUCCUUGGAUUGAGUUAGGAGGAUCAGUGACAGUCAAUUGUCCUCAAACAGGGUAUCAUGCUAAUGUGGAGUUCCAUACGAGACCUAUCUAUGGUGGUAAGAAACAUCGCAUCACAGCUGAAUUAUAUGCACCAGGUGAAAAGAAAUCUUUUCUGACUGUAACAGGAGAGUGGAAUGGUAUUAUGGAAGCCAAAUGGUCUACAGGGGAAACUGAAGUUUUUGUGGAUACUAGAACCAUACCUAUAAUAAAAAAGAGAGUAAAACCUUUAGUAGAACAAGAGGAGUAUGAAUCUAGAAAAUUGUGGAAGGAUGUUACUACUGCAUUACGUCUACGAAAUGUUGAAGCAGCCACUGAGGCUAAGUUUAUGCUGGAACAGAAACAAAGAGAGGAAGCAAAACAUAGGCUAGAAAAUAAAUUAAAAUGGGAAACUAGGGCUUUCCAUGAAAUUGGUGAAAACUGGAUGUAUGACAAAUCUCUACAAAUUCGACUACAAGAAAAAGAGAACAUUGAACAGUCCAGCUCAGAUCACUAAGCUUAUCACACUAUACCCACUCAGAGUGCAAUUUAUUCACAUCUUGUAGCCAUCAAAUGAACUUGCUUAAGCCUACUUAUUUUAUGUUCCAAUUUCUUGUAUAUUAUAUGUUUUGUUAUUAAUAUAUUUUUUCCAUGAAAAGCACGAAUGUUUCCAGUGUUACAGCUGUGUAGGAUAUCUUUCAUCAACUGUAAUUUAUCACUUGUCUAUUAAUUUUAAAAGUUUAUCUGUAAGAAAUGACUUUGCAGUCUAUGAAUGAUUCCAUAUCUGCUGGUGCUCAAAUUAUAUAUAUGAGAGCUAUGAAUGUGACUGUGUAUUAUGUUUGUAUAAUUCUUAAAAUAUUUAAUUAAAAUCUAAAUAACUAUU